AUGGCUUCCAAUGGUGAUGCAAAGUCUAAGACCGAGAUUAGGGAAGAAGGAGGGUCAGGAGCUGCUUCAAGCACCUAUGAUUUGAAAGAUCAAAUCCCUCUCUACAUUAGCUCAUCACAAAGGGGGCUAUUGGACGAAAAAGAUCACAGGAAUAGAUUCAUUGGCAUUUUUGAUGGGUUUAAUGUUAAGUCCGGAUUUAGUAAGUUUGGACACAGGGCCGGAUUAUCCUCGCCUUCUGCUAAGUUUCGCCAAUUCACUGAGGGAAGGGAAGAGAUAUCUAGAUCAGUUGCUUCCCCUGCCAUUCUGGCUUCUCCGCUGCACAGUCAGACAUCGGCCGACAGCAAAAUCAACUGGGGUUCGCUGAAGGCAAUCUGCAAGGAGUGGAUCAGAAAUCCCAUGAACAUCGCUCUGUUUGUUUGGAUCCUUUGUGUCGCAGUGUCCGGUGCCAUACUGUUCAUGGUCAUGACUGGGAUGUUGAACGCCGUCUUGCCCAAGAAAUCUCAGCGGGACACCUGGUUUGAAGUCAACAACCAGAUCUUGAAUGCCCUGUUUACCCUCAUGUGCCUCUACCAACACCCCAAACGGUUCCACCACCUGGUACUUCUCUGCAGAUUCGGACCGGAUGAUGUUGUCAGGCUUAGAAAAAUAUACUGCAAGAAUGGAACUUAUAAGCCCCACGAAUGGGUACAUAUGAUGAUCGUCGUGGGUUUUCUCCACAUCAACUGUUUUGCUCAGUACGCCCUCUGUGGUCUCAAUCUGGGUUACCCCCGAUCCAGAAGACCCGCCAUUGGCGUUGGGCUGUGCGUCUCUGUCGCAAUUGCGGCGCCCGUAUUUGCUAGCUUGUACAACAUGCUGAGCCCUCUUGGCAAGGAAUAUGAAACCGACGUUGACCAGGAGGCGGGGGAUCAGACGGCCGCCGCCGCCGCCACCACCACCGAGCAGAGUCGGCCGCCAUUACUGCGAGUGAAGUCGUUGGCGAAGAGGUACUCCUUUGUCUUGAGGGAUGAUCAGCAGAGGAUACCCGAGAGCAACCCGAAGUGGGUGGGUGGACUCUUUGAUCUGUGGGAUGACAUCUCUGUGGCAUACCUCUCCAUGUUCUGUGGGUUCUGCGUCUUCGGAUGGAACAUGGACAGGCUGGGCUUCGGGAACAUGUACGUCCACAUUGCCACCUUCCUCCUGCUUUGCAUGGCUCCCUUCUGGAUCUUCAACCUGGCGGCCAUCAACAUCGACAACGAAGUUAUCAGGGAAACGCUGGGCAUCACGGGCAUCAUCCUCUGCGUGCUCGGGCUGCUCUACGGGGGCUUUUGGAGAAUUCGGAUGAGGAAGAGGUUCAAUCUCCCUGGGAACACCUUCUGCUGCGGCAAUGCAUCGGUGACCGACUGCUUCCAGUGGCUCUGCUGCUGCUCUUGCUCUCUCGCCCAGGAGGUGAGGACGGCGGACUUCUAUGAGAUGGUUGAGGAUCGGUUCUAUCUGAGACGAGCAGAAGGCGAUGGCUCACUGUCUCCUCUGCCGCGAGAGGAUGGCCUGCCGCUGUUCCAGUCUGCUCCCAGCUCCCCCUACCGGGGUAAUGGCAGCCCAUCAUCAGUUUUCAGGAUGGUUUCUUCCCCAAGUCCAAGCAGAUUUGCAGACAUGUAUGCUUCCCAUGGUCGGCUGAAGUCUACUCUAGAGGAGGAAGUUGAGUCUGGGAGUGGGGAUGGGCACCCGAUGGCACCGCCUGUUUCUUCGGCGAUGGAGAAAGACGACGGAAAGAGGCCAUGA